AUGAACACCCCCAUGGGCGCCCAGAAUGGCACCCUGCAUCUGACCAGCGACGGUGGCAAUCUGACCGGCAAGCUGGCCGGACCACAGGGCGAAAUGGACAUUACCGAUGGCACCAUUGACGGCGACAAUCUCAGCUGGAAAGCCUCCAUCACCUCACCUAUGGCCAUGACCCUGGAAUUCAGCGCUGUUGUCAGCGGUGAUGAAAUCAACGGCAACGUCAAACUCGGCGCUUUCGGCGACGCCACCUUUACCGGCACCCAAGAAAUUCGUGAAUUGCGGGCGCGUGAAGCGCUUGCUUUCGAAAUGGGCGGUACAGAAAAAGUAGCCCGCCAGCACGAAUUCAACAAGCUGACUAUCCGCGAACGUAUCGACGUCAUCAGCGACGCCGAAUCUUUUCAUGAGAUUGGCACCCUCGCCGGUGUGGGCGAAUAUGACGAUCAAGGUGAACUCAAGAAAUUCACACCCUCGAACUUUGUUUUCGGAACCGCUGACAUUGACGGUCGUCCGGUGGUUCUGUCUGGCGACGAUUUCACCGUUCGCGGCGGCUCAGCAGAUGCCUCAAUUGCCGGCAAGAGGCUUCGCGCUGAAGGGCUCGCGGUAGAACUGCGCUUACCCCACAUUCGCCUGGUUGAUGGCAUGGGUGGCGGCGGUUCGGUCAAGACCAUUGAGAUGGCCGGUCGCACCUAUAUCCCGGAGGUACGCGGUUGGGAAACGGUAGUCACGCAGUUAGGUGUGGCGCCAUCGGUAUCCUUGGCCCUGGGUUCCGUCGCCGGUAUUGGCGCAGCGCGCGUCGCCACCUCACACUACAGUGUGAUUGUGCGCGACAGCGCGCAGAUGAUGAUCGCUGGACCUGCGCUGGUCGACUGGGCCAGCCUCGGUGACGUGACCAAAGAAGAGCUGGGCUCAUACAAAAUUCACACGCGUAAUGGCGCGAUUGAUGAUGAAGCCGCCAGCGAAGCAGAAGCCUUUGCCAUGGCCAGACGAUUUCUGUCGUAUUUACCCUCCAGCGUUGAUGAAUUACCUCCGCUCACCGAAUGUGAUGACGACCCCGAGCGCACCGACGACAAGCUGCUCGACAUCGUGCCGAAAGACCCGCGUAAGGUCUACAAGAUGCACGACGUGCUCGAGUCUGUUUGCGACAGCGGCUCAUUUUUCGAAAUUGGACGCAAAUGGGGCCGCUCACUCAUCACCGGUCUGGCCAGGCUGAACGGCAUUCCGGUGGCCAUCUUUGCGGAAAACCCACGGGUUUACGGUGGCGCCUGGACAGCAGACGCAUCCCGCAAGCUGAUUCGCUUUUGCGAUCUGGCAUCAACAUUCCACCUGCCACUGAUCCAUCUGGAAGAUUGUCCGGGCUUUCUGAUCGGUAAGCAGUCCGAAGAAGAAGCCACCAUCCGCCAUGGCUCCGCUGCACUGGCAGCCUUGGGGCAAAGCAAUGUGCCCUUCUGCUGUAUCGUUAUUCGCAAAGCGUUUGGCGUUGCCGGUGCUGCAAACCAUAAACCCGGCAGCCAUCAUUUCCGCGCUGCCUGGCCAUCUGGUGAUUGGGGUUCUUUACCAAUUGAAGGCGGCAUCGAGGUGGCAUACAAAGCUGAACUGGCCGAAGCCGCUGACUAUGAUGCACAUCUGGCAAAAAUCAAAGAUCGUCUUAACCGACUGAGAUCCCCUUACCGCUCAGCCGAAUUUUUCGAAAUCGAAGAGAUCAUUGACCCCCGACAGACUCGGUCAUACCUGUGUCGCUGGGCAAAACUGGCGCGCGCGGCAUCCCGCCCGCAGGCUCCAAAUUUCUGGUACCGACCCUAG